AUGCCGUCGUCCAAGACCGACACCGCCAUUCGUUACCCGGAGGAGCAGAACCAGCAUCGCCGAAUCCGAGGCGUCACGCAGGACCGCAAAUGGGAGGCCAGAAUGCGCGAGCAGGCCGUGUCAAACCCGCAGUUUUCCAACAACGCCGCGACCUGGGGCCCAGAGACCCUCCUCGAUCUCAAAACUGAUCAGAGUGGAAACCCUCAGCCUGACCCAGCUCAGUACCGCGAUGGUAACGCUGCCGUCAAGCGUGGUCUAGCAUCUGGCGACCAGGAUAUGGUUGCCGCCGUGAAUCAGGUUCCUUGA